AUGAUGACACGCACGAGGCCGAAUGUUUCGGCGGCGGAACUUGCACAACGUAUCCGCGAUGAACGAGAUCAAAAACGAGCAACUCUUGAUGAAACACAUCGACAUUUAUUUGAUAUUAUUGCAACACGACUUGGCAUCGAUCGAUCCGAAGUCGAAGACAAUGUCGUCGAAAGUCAAAAUUUUAAUCUCAUAGACGAGUUUUUCGAGGUCAAUGGGAACCAAUAUUUGGUCUUUUUCUACCAAGAACCUGAAGUUCAGCACAAUGAAACUGAUUCACAUCGCCGUGGUUACUCGCCGUAUACCACGCGUACCAAUACAGCCGGUCUAAAGCCUGCAAAACCGAAAGUACUGAUCGCGAAUCUAGAAGAACAAAGUCUACGCGGAAUUUGUCUAUGCUUCUUGCGAAAUUCGAAUAAAACAAAAAUUACCGGACAAAAUAUUGUUAAUGAAGUUUGCUUCUAUACAUUCGAAUGUAACACCGAACCAUUGCUUCAGGCGUUGAGUCGAUCGAUCGCUGAUAUUUAUUUACCAUAUCUGCAAACAUCUGAUACGACCUGGGGAAAACUAACAGGCUCAGAUAACAAUCAAUUGGUUAAAGUUGAUUUCCUCAGUCGAUUGAAUAACUUUGUUGCAAUGUUGAACAGCGCCCAAGAAAGCAUAAAUGAGCGAAUUCUUUUGAAACCUUGUGAUAAAAUUGAUUUAACACAAUUGCAACAUGCAGGAGAUUAUAUAUCUGUUGCAUCGAAUAAUGAACAUCUGGCAUCAGUCGAAGAAACAAUGAAAACAUGGAUUAAACAGAUGGAAAAAGUUCUCGCGGAGAGUGAACAAAUUCGUCGAGAAGCAGAUAAUAUCGGUCCACGUGCUGAACUUGACUAUUGGAAAAAACGUAUGACAAAAUUCAACUUUCUCCUCUAUCAAAUCAAAGGUCAAGAUGUCAAAGCUGUACUAACAAUUUUACAGACAGCACGAUCGAAACUUAUUCAACAAUGGAAAAUUCUAGAUGGCAAAAUCACCGAUGCCGCUAAUGAAGCGAAAGAUAACGUCCGAUACUUGUAUACCUUGGAAAAAUUCUGUGAACCACUGUAUAAUUCCGAUCCUGUUGGAAUGUUAGAAGGCAUUCCCGGCCUAAUCAAUGCUGUACGAAUGAUUCACUCCAUCUCACAAUAUUACAACACAUCGGAGCGAAUGACAUCAUUAUUCGUUAAAAUCACCAAUCAAAUGAUAACAACAUCGAAAAUGUAUGUCACAGAGAAUUAUACUCAAACGAUUUGGUCGCAAAAUCAAGCUCAUGUCAUAUCGAAGUUACGUGAUUGUAUUAAAUUGAAUGUUGAAUAUCAACGUUGUUUUCAAUCAACCAAAGCGAAAUUAGCAGCUGAUCCAUCCGAACGGCAAUUUGAUUUUAGUGAAAUGUAUAUCUUCGGCAAAUUUGAUUCGUUUGUUCGACGUUGCGAAAAGAUCAUUGACAUGUUCGCGAAAAUCAAUAUCUAUUCGCACUUAGCGGAAUCGAAAAUAGAAGGUAUUGCACCGUUCCAUUCGAAAUUUAAUAUGAUUGUAACGUCGAUGAAGAAAAAAGAUUAUGAUUUCUUGGAUCAACGUAAACAGGAUGUUGACGAUGACUUGGCCGACUUCGAUCGGUCGAUAUCCGAUCUUCAUGCGAGUUUAAAUGAAUUUCUUGAUAAGUAUUUCAACACCAUUCGAAGUACCGAACGAGCGCUUGAUUCAUUGAAACGUUUCGAGAAAUUACAAAUACCAAAUAUUGGCAUCAGUGAUAAAUAUGCCAAAAUUUUACAGCAGUACUCUAAGGAUUUAGAUACAGUGGCCAAAAUUUAUCAAAAACACGCCAAAGAUCCAUUGAUUUCACGAGACUUACCACCAGUAGCAGGUCGAAUAACCUGGGCGCGUCAAUUAUACAAGCGUAUCCAACAACCCAUGGACGUAUUCGUUGCCAAUAAAACAAUUCUUCAAUAUCCUGGUGCGAAAAAGAUCAUUAAGAACUACAAUCAACUAUCCAAAGUACUGUUAACAUAUGAGAUUGUCUAUCACGAAGGAUGGCGUCGUCAAGUUGACGUUGUUGCUACUGGUAUCCACUCCAGUCUGCUGAUACGCGUCAACCGUGAGGAUUUGUCCGCUGGCGCAACGACAAGCGCACCUUCGUCGUCUAUUGUCACAUCUACAGCGCAAACCAAUCCGGAUUAUUUAGUGAAUUUUGAUCCGCAUAUUCUGGAAUUAAUUCGUGAAACUCAAUGUUUAGCACGAUUGGGAUUGGAAAUUCCGAAAGAGGCGGCUCUGUUAGCGCAACGUGAAGAGUUUUUGAAAAAACACUAUCAAGACUUAACACAAUUGGUUGAGAAAAACAAACACUUACGAGAGAAAAUCAAACAACCAUUUGAAGCAUUGUUAGCACCGAAAAUCCAACGAUUGAAUGAUAUUGUUAAACCGGGAUUAACGUCGUUAACGUGGGCUUCGUUAACAAUUGAUGAUUAUAUCAAUACUGUUAACGCAGCAUUGGAUGAAUUCGACCUGAUGUUAGAUCGAGCAAAUGAUCUAAUUACCUUUCGAAUUGAUUCUGUGCUGAAUGAAAUAUCGACAAUGUCACUUUGUGAUGUUCCAGAUGAUGAAACGAUCACACCUGAAGAAUUUCUUCAGCAUGCACAAAAUUUAUGCAGUCAAGCAGCUAAACAAAUUCAAAUCAAAUCUCACAAUGUCGAAGAUGCUGCUCUCGAGGUCAUCGAUCUUCUAUGUGGAAAUGUUGUUCUGGAUGGAGAGGACCACACUCCGCAUGGAAAUACAACUUCUGAUCUUGACGAAGAUGAUGAUGAGACAGAUUUCGAUGACGAUACAACUGCCCGUAGUGUCCAUAAAUCAUCACGUAGUGCUCGGCAACGAGACAGUACAUUGAAUCGAAGUCGUUUAACUUCAGCCGGAAUAACAUCGGCGGGACGAAAUCGCUCAGCGACUGUUCUGAGCGCAUCAACACGUCGUAAACGCGAUCAACAAAAUGAAAUGAUGCAAGCAGCCAUCACAGAAUUAAUUAGUCAUUUCAGUCAUCGGAAUCUCGAGGCGAUUGUACGUGUGAUUAAAAUGACUCUGGAAAAACUUCGACGACGUAUCACAUCCACACUAAGUUAUGGCCGACAUCAUCGCGAAGCACCUUUGUUCAAAGUUUUUGCUGAACUGGCUAUUCCACAUGUCGUCAUUCGACCACCGACUGAAGAAGUUCAGAUUUAUCUGAAUAAAGCUGUCCAAACGAUUGUGUCCGUAGCCAAAACAAUCUCUCAAUGGGAUAAAAAUCGACAAAGAACAGUAAAGUUAUCUGCCACUACUAGUAAAAUUCUAGCUCGGCUAGGAAUUCUUCCAUCAUCAAGCAAUGAUUUAUCUUUAUUGAGAAAAUUGAAUCACCAACAAAGUAAACGUGAGAAUAAUACUGAAAUACCACUCGAUGCGGCGACUGGUGAUAACGAAUCUCAUGCUGGAGUUAAUCCUCAAUCGGAUCGAGAGGACGAAGGUGCACCGACGACUCCGGGUCUGACGCCGACCGGCUUCAAUCUCGAUGCUUCGACACGUGACUUAACUCAUCAAGGAGUGCCAGCGAAUGAUACUUCUCUCAAUCGAACACGUGCUACCGAGCCAACAACAACAGAUCAUCGACAAGAACGAGUACAAUUCACUCCAGCGAAUAAUUACUAUAAGAAUGUGUCAGAAAAUAAAGACGUAGCAAAACUAGUGGCCAUCUUAGCUACAUGCAUCAAUGCAACGAAAAAAGAUGUCACGGCAGCAUUGAUCGUAUUUACUCAAUACAAUAUUUUGUGGCAACGAGAUCGUGAUGAUGAAUUAAAAGAAUUUCUCGCCAAUGAUCCACGUGCAUCAGAAUUCGAAGCAAAAAUUAAAUCUUACGAAAAUUUAUCCGAAGCUAUCAGUGCACAACCAGAUUUCAUCCCGGUUGGACCUCUAGCAAUCUAUACUGAACAUCUCAAAUACGGUCUCAACCAUGAACUUCGCGACUGGAUUGCUUGUUACGGUCAAGCAUGCAACACAAAAUAUCGCAAAGAAAUGCUUGAAGUGCGAGCGUUUAUUGAUGAUAUUGGAAAACGUUUAUCACGUGGUAUUAAAGAUCUGGAAGAUAUACGUUUGGUGAUGCUUGCUAUCAAAGAUUUGCGCGACAAUGAAAUUCGUAUUGAUAUGAGUAUCGGACCUAUCGAAGAGUCUUAUACAAUGCUUCAAGCACAUGGUAUCACCAUCCCUCGUGAAGAAGUAGAACGAGCAGAAACGCUGCGAUACGAUUGGGGAAAACUUCAAAGACAUUCGAGUGAAAUCACGACGCACUUGAUAAAAAUUCAACCAACGAAACGCGAUGAAUUGCUGGAAAAUAUGAAACUAUUCGUUGAAGAAUGCGGAAAGUUCUAUGUUGACUAUGAACACGGUGGACCGACGUUACCAGGCUUAACACCGCGUGAAUCCAGUGAUCGACAAAUAUUAUUUCAGAGCCGAGUAGAGAAUUUGUACAAGAAAUAUGAAACGUAUCAUGGAGGAGAAUUGCUAUUCGGUCUGCCUGUGACCGAGUUUCCACAAUUGGAGAAGAUCCGCAAAGAUCUCACAUUACUCCAACGUUUGUAUGGUUUGUACAAUCGAGUUUUGGAUACAGUGGCCAGUUAUUAUGAUAUUUCAUGGGUUGAUGUGAACAUUGAUAAAAUCAAUCAAGAACUAUCGGAUUUUCAGAAUGCAUGUCGAAAACUGCCGAAAGGUUUACGAGAAUUUCCAGCAUUUCAUGCAUUGAAGAAGACAAUUGAUGAUUUUAGUGAAUGUUGUCCAUUGCUAGAAAUGAUGUCUAACCGAGCAAUGCAAACUCGGCAUUGGCAACGUAUAGCCGAAGUUACUGGCGUGCACAAUUUGGACAUCGAAGCUGAUGAUUUUCGUUUGCGAAACGUCAUGGAUCUUCCACUGUUACAAUUUAAAGAAGAUAUUGAAGAUAUUUGCAUUGCAGCGGUGAAAGAACGUGACAUUGAAGCGAAGAUGAAACAAGUUGAAGCAGAUUGGCGAACACAAGAGUUUAACUUCGCUCAAUUCAAAACACGUGGAGAACUGUUACUGAAAGGCGAUCGAAUCCAAGAAGUUAUUAGUCUACUAGAAGACUCAUUAAUGUUACUCGGUUCUUUAAUGUCAAAUAGAUACAAUGUUCCAUUUCGUAAACAAAUUCAAAAAUGGGUUAAAGAUCUAACCGACACAAACGAAAUUAUUGACAAUUGGAUGCACGUACAGAACUUAUGGGUUUAUCUCGAAGCUGUAUUUGUUGGCGGUGAUAUUGCUAAACAACUACCACAAGAAGCCAAACGCUUCUCAUCAAUCGAUAAAUCUUGGCUUAAAAUUAUGUCAAAAGCACAUGAGCAACCCGCUGUUGUGCCCUGCUGUACCACAGAUGAAACUUUAAAACAAUUGUUGCCACAUUUACUUGAACAAUUGGAAUUGUGUCAAAAAUCGCUAACUGGUUAUUUGGAACGCAAACGUCUUCUGUUUCCACGGUUCUUCUUUGUCUCGGAUCCGGCACUGUUGGAAAUUUUAGGACAAGCAAGUGAUCCACAUACAAUCAAAGCACAUUUACUAAGUGUCUUUGAUAAUAUCAAAACUGUACGCUUUCAUGACAAAGAAUACGAUAAGAUUUUAACCAUUGAAUCAUCGGAAGGUGAAACUGUUGAACUUGAAAAACCUGUAAAAGCUGAAGGUAAUGUUGAAGUAUGGCUAAUGUCACUGCUCAAAGAAUCCCAACGAUCAUUACAUGGCGUUAUUCGUCAAGCGUACCAUGCUCUAUCCGAUCCAUCUUCAUUCAAUCUCAUUGAAUUUCUUAAUACGUAUCCUGCUCAAGUUGGUCUCUUAGGUAUUCAAUUGAUUUGGACACGUGAUGCUACGGAAGCACUACGAAACGCCAAAUCAGAUAAAAAUAUCAUGAAACAAACAGCCAAAGUCUUUGGUGAUCUACUCGACAUAUUAAUUGAUCAAACUACAAAAGAUUUAACACGUGUUGAACGUACCAAAUACGAAACUUUAAUUACUAUUCAUGUUCAUCAAAAGGAUAUCUUCGAUGAACUUGUCCAAACAGGUGUACGAUCUGUGACAGAUUUCGACUGGCUAAAACAAACACGAUUUUAUUUUGUUGAUGAACUGGAUAAGAUUCAAAUCUCUAUCACUGACGUCGACUUCACAUACAUGAAUGAAUUUCUCGGUUGCAAUGAACGUUUAGUUAUCACGCCAUUAACAGAUCGAUGUUAUAUCACAUUAGCUCAAGCUCUACAUAUGAGUAUGGGUGGAGCGCCUGCCGGGCCAGCUGGAACAGGAAAAACCGAGACGGUCAAAGAUAUGGGUCGAUGUCUUGGCAAAUACGUUGUUGUUUUUAACUGUUCGGACCAAAUGGAUUUCCGUGGUUUAGGUCGUAUUUUCAAAGGCUUAGCACAAUCCGGUUCGUUUGGAUGUUUCGAUGAAUUCAAUCGUAUCGAUUUACCUGUCUUAUCCGUCGCGGCUCAACAGAUUGCGAUUGUUCUUGCAUGUAAGAAAGAAAAGAAACGUCAGUUCGUCUUCACCGAUGGUGAUAUCGUUGAGAUGAAUAACGAAUUCGGUAUUUUUCUUACUAUGAAUCCUGGCUAUGCUGGUCGACAAGAAUUACCCGAAAAUUUGAAGAUCAACUUUCGUUCAGUGGCCAUGAUGGUACCAGAUCGUUUACCGAUUAUUCGGGUGAAAAUGGCUGCCUGUGGUUUUCGAGAGAAUGUACCCCUAUCAAAGAAAUUCUAUACACUGUACAAACUAUGCGAAGAACAACUCAGUAAACAAGUUCAUUAUGAUUUUGGUUUACGAAAUAUUUUGUCCGUACUGCGAACAUUGGGUGCAGUGAAACGUGCAAAUAAAGAUGAUCAGGAGAAGACAAUUGUUAUGCGAGUUCUUCGAGAUAUGAAUUUAUCGAAAUUAGUUGACGAAGAUGAACCGUUGUUCAUUUCUCUGAUCAACGAUCUUUUUCCAAAUAUUAAACUAGAAAAAGAGACGUACGCUGAACUUCAAGCAGCAAUUGAUAAAGAAGCACUAGCUGCUGGUUUAAUUUGUCAUCCGCCGUGGAUAUUAAAGAUCAUUCAACUAUUCGAAACUCAACGUGUUCGUCAUGGUAUGAUGACUUUAGGACCAUCGGGUGUCGGCAAAACAUGCUGUAUUCAUACGUUAAUGAAAGCAAUGACGAUCUGUGGUGAACCACAUCGUGAAAUGCGAAUGAAUCCUAAAGCAAUUACAGCACCGCAAAUGUUCGGAAGACUAGAUGCAGCAACAAAUGAUUGGACAGACGGCAUAUUUUCUACACUAUGGAGACGAACAUUGCGAACGAAAAAAGGCGAAUUUGUGUGGCUGGUCUUAGAUGGUCCUGUAGAUGCAAUUUGGAUUGAAAAUUUGAAUUCUGUCUUGGAUGAUAACAAAACAUUAACAUUAGCCAAUGGUGAUCGAAUACCUAUGGCACCGAAUUGUAAAAUUAUCUUCGAGGUGCACAACAUUGAUAACGCAUCACCAGCCACUGUUAGUCGAAAUGGUAUGGUUUAUAUGAGUAGUUCUGGUUUAGAUUGGCGACCACUGAUUCAGGGUUGGAUCAAACGUGACCGUUCAGCAAAUGAUGGCGAAGUUCUUAUGCGUUUAUUCGAAUCAUCAUUCCCAUAUAUCUAUCGAUACUUCGCACUUCAUCUCAAAUCCAAAAUGCCCAUCCUCGAAUGUAUGAUUGUUACACAGGCGUGUAAAUUGCUGAAUGGAUUAUUACCAUCGAAGGAAGCGAAAGAUCAGCUGAAUGCUCAACACAUUGAACGCUUAUAUGUGUUUGCACUGAUGUGGUCCAUAGGUGCAUUUCUCGAGCUAGAUGAUCGGGCUCGCUUACAAGAAUAUAUUUGCAAUGAUCCGGACGCGAACUUUCAAUUGGACACACCGACCAUACCAGCGGAUAGUGAAGAUACGAUAUUCGAUUAUUUUGUUCAUGAUAAAACAGGUGUAUGGAAACAUUGGAAUACUGUUGUAACAGAGUACAAUUACCCGAAAGACCACGAUCCUGAGUAUGCAUCAAUUCUCGUGCCGAAUGUUGAUAACGUUCGAACAGAUUUUCUCAUCCAUACCAUUGCAAAACAACAUAAACCUGUUCUUCUAAUCGGCGAACAAGGUACGGCCAAGACAGUUAUUAUCCAAUCUUAUAUGGCCCGUUAUAACGCCGAAGAGCAUGCUCAAAAAACGGUAAAUUUUUCAUCAGCAACAACACCAAAUAUGGUUCAACGAAUAAUUGAAUCGUAUGUUGACAAACGUGUUGGAACAACGUACGGUCCACCAGCUGGCAAGAAAAUGACUGUUUUCAUCGAUGAUAUUAAUAUGCCAACGAUUAAUGAAUGGGGCGAUCAAAUAACAAAUGAAAUCGUUCGUCAGCUGAUGGAACAGAGUGGUUUUUAUUCACUGGAAAAACCAGGUGAAUUCACAACCAUCGUGGAUAUCCAGUUUCUUGCUGCAAUGAUUCAUCCGGGCGGUGGCCGAAAUGAUAUUCCUCAGCGUUUAAAACGACAAUUUUGCAUAUUCAAUUGUACACUACCAUCGAAUACAUCCAUCGAUAAAAUCUUCUCGGUUAUUGCUCUGGGACACUACGCAAAAGAACGUGGAUUCAAUGAAGAAGUACGCUCAUUAAUUGAACGACUUGUGCCUGCAACGAGGCGUCUAUGGCAAUUAACAAAAAUCAAGAUGCUGCCAACACCAGCCAAAUUUCACUACGUAUUCAAUUUACGUGAUCUUUCGCGUAUAUGGCAAGGAAUGAUUAACACUAUUCCACAGGUGAUUGACAAUGAAAAAACGUUAAGUGCACUGUGGAAACAUGAAUGUACACGUGUUAUAUGCGAUAGAUUCACUGAAGUCGAUGAUUACCGUUGGUUUUACAAAACGACUGAACGUGUUGCUGAAGAAGAAUUAGGUGCAAAAUAUCAGCCGAUGGUAAAAAAAGAAGAGUACUUCGUCGACUUCCUAAGAGAUGCACCUGAACCGACAGGUGAUGAGCCUGAAGAUGCCGACUUUGAUGCUCCUAAAAUAUACGAACCUAUCCCAUCGUUCGAAGCCCUCGAAGAACGUUUAAAAAUGUACUUAGUACAAUAUAACGAAAGUAUUCGUGGUUCCGGUAUGGAUUUAGUCUUUUUCAAAGAUGCGAUGGCACAUCUAGUAAAAAUCUCACGUAUCAUUCGAACACCACGUGGCAAUGCACUACUAGUUGGUGUAGGUGGUAGUGGAAAACAAUCGCUAACAAAGUUAGCGUCCUUUAUUGCUGGCUACAAAACGUUCCAAAUCACUUUGACACGCGCCUAUAAUACUAAUAAUCUGUUAGAAGACUUGAAAACGCUAUAUCGCGUGGCGGGAAAAGAUGGCAAAGGCAUUACCUUUAUUUUUUCUGAUCAGGACAUUAAAGAUGAAUCAUUUCUUGAAUAUAUUAACAAUGUACUUUCAUCAGGAGUUGUUCCGGGAAUGUUUGCACGAGAUGAAAUGGAUGAAAUAUGUCAAGAAUUGAUACCCGUCAUGAAAAAACAAUAUCCACGACGGCCACCCACUAAUGAAAAUCUCUACGAUUACUUUUUGUCCCGUGUUCGACAAAACCUACAUGUUGUUCUAUGUUUUUCACCUGUUGGUGAGAAAUUCCGUAAACGAGGUCUACAAUUUCCUGGUCUGGUCGCCAACUGUACGAUCGAUUGGUUCCUUCGUUGGCCUCGCGAUGCAUUAGUUGCUGUCGCCGAUCAUUUUCUUUCAUCUUUCAAUAUUGUUUGUACAGAUGCAAUCAAAAAACAAGUAGUUCAAUGCAUGGGCUCGGUUCAUGACGGUGUUGCUGAGUAUUGUCUGCAAUACUUUCAAAAAUAUCGCCGUGCAACGCAUGUCACACCGAAAUCUUACCUUGCCUUUUUGAAUGGUUACAAGGAAAUCUAUUCGCAGAAACUAAAUGAAAUCGAGUCGAUGGCUAAGCGUAUGAAUGAUGGGUUAACACGUUUAGUUGACGCAGAAAAAGCAGUCAUGGUCAUGAAAGAGGAAUUAGCCGUUAAAGAACAGGAACUAGAUAUUGCGAAUAAGAAAGCAGACGAAGUUUUGAAGGAAGUUGCAGUGAAAAAAGGGGCAGCAGAGGUAGUUAAACAACAAGUACAAAAAGUGAAAGACACCGCACAGACCUUGGUCGAUGAAAUUAAUCGUGACAAAAUCGAAGCCAAUGCCGAAUUAGAGAAGGCUAAACCAGCGUUAUUAGCUGCAGAAGAAGCUUUACUGACGAUUACACCUGCUGAUAUUGCAGUUGUGCGUAAACUUGGCCGUCCACCUCGUCUUAUUCGUCAAAUGAUGGACUGUGUUCUGAUCCUCUUUGGGCGUCCUCUCAAGAAUCCGAUUAGAAUCGAUCCCGACUUGCAAGGGCCUGAGCCAAGUUGGGAAAACUCAUUAAAACUUAUGUCUGAUACUGGUUUCUUACAAAAUCUUCAAACAUUCCCACGUGAUCGUAUCAAUGACGAACAAAUCGAAUUACUUCAAACCUAUUUUCGUGUUCCUGACUACACACCAGAAGGUGCUAAAGUAGCUGCCGGCGCUGUUGCUGGUCUUUUGACAUGGACACGUGCUAUGGCUGAUUUCUUCUAUGUAAACAAACGUGUUCUACCAUUGAAAGCGAAUUUAGCUAUGCAAGAAGCUCGUUUAACCAAAGCCAAUGCUCAAUUAGAAACAGCACAAGCCGAACUUGACCGACGAGAAGCGGAAGUUGCUGCUGCACAAGCUGAGUACGAUGCAGCUAUGGCAAUCAAACAGCGUUUGCAAGAUGAUCUCGAUCGUACAUUGAAACGAAUGAAUGCCGCAAGAGAAUUAAUAACUGGCCUUGCUGACGAACAAGAAAGAUGGACUGAACAGAGCAAGCAGUUCAAAGCCCAAAUUGGACGUUUGGUCGGUGAUGUACUACUAUGUACCGGAUUUCUCUCCUAUCAAGGCCCGUUCAAUCAAGAUUUUCGCAUCUUAUUAGCUAAAGAUUGGCAAAAACUAUUAACCGAACAGAAUAUUCCAUUUACUCGCUCAUUGAAUGUCACUGAGUAUUUAACGGACGUGACGAUUGUUGGCGAAUGGAAGUUACAAGGUCUACCCAAUGAUGAACUAUCUAUUCAGAACGCCAUUAUCGUUACGCGUGCUAAACGUUAUCCACUAUUGAUUGAUCCUCAGGGUCAAGGCAAAGCCUGGAUUAAAAAUAAAGAAGCGACAAAUGACUUACAAACAACAAAUCUCUCCACGAAACACUUUCGGCAACAUUUGGAAGAUUGUCUCUCACUCGGUCGACCAUUAUUAAUUGAAGACGUUGGUGAAGAACUCGAUCCGGCAUUAGAUAAUGUCCUAGAGAAAAAUUUCAUUCGUUCGGGCACUACCUUGAAAGUUAAAGUUGGUGAUAAAGAAGUUGAUGUACUGAAAGGAUUCAAUUUAUAUAUUACGACAAAACUAGCCAAUCCAGCGUUCACACCGGAAAUUUCGGCAAAAACGUCCGUAAUUGAUUUCACUGUGACAAUCAAAGGCUUAGAAGAUCAGCUGUUAGGCUUAACGAUUCUGAAAGAGAAAGCUGAACUGGAAGGUGAACGUGUAAAAAUGUUAGAAGAUAUCCAAGCAAAUAAUAAACGCAUGAAAGAGCUAGAAGAUAAUCUUCUGAUGAGAUUGAGCAAUUCAAAAGGAUCAUUAGUUGAUGAUGAUGAUCUUAUUCGAACAUUGAAAACAACGAAAGUAACUUCGAGUGAUGUGAAGCAAAAACUUCAAAUUGCAACGGAGACAAGCCAAAAGAUCAACAUUGCUCGUGAAGAGUACCGACCUGUUGCUACACGUGGUUCGAUCAUUUACUUUCUCAUUGUUGAAAUGUCUCUUGUAAAUGUGAUGUACCAAACUUCACUGAAACAAUUUCUCCAACUAUUCGAUCAAGCGCUCGAACGCUCACCAAAGUCACCUGUAACAUCGAAACGUAUUACAAACAUCAUGGAGUUUUUAACCUAUGAAAUGUUCAAAUAUGCUGUUCGCGGUUACUAUGAAGAGCAUAAGUUCAUGUUUACGUUGUUGUUGGGAUUAAAGAUUGAUUUACAAGCCGGAAGACUGAAAUACGAUGAAUUUCAAACAUUGAUCAAAGGUGGUGCGUCAAUCGAUGCAAGCACAGCACCACCAAAACCAACUUACAAAUGGCUACAGAAUGAUACCUGGUUGAAUCUUGUCGAACUAUCGAAACUGUUCCAGUUUAGUGACAUUUUAAAUUCAUUGAAUCGCUCUGGUCCUGCAUGGGAUGCAUGGUUUAAGAAAGACGAACCUGAGCGCGCUGAAUUGCCCGAUGGUUGGGAUUCGCAAUUAGAUAAAUUUCGUCGUCUACUUCUCAUUCGUUCAAUUACACCAGCACGCUUUGUUAAAGCUGCGAACGAUUAUAUCAUCGAUUCAUUGGGGCCGAGAUACGGCGAAGGUGUUGUUCUUGACAUGGAAAAAAUGUGGGAUGAAUCGGAUAAAUGCUCACCAAUGAUAUGUUUUCUCUCCAUGGCUGCGAACGAUUAUAUCAUCGAUUCAUUGGGGCCGAGAUACGGCGAAGGUGUUGUUCUUGACAUGGAAAAAAUGUGGGAUGAAUCGGAUAAAUGCUCACCAAUGAUAUGUUUUCUCUCCAUGGGUUCCGAUCCCACUGUACAAAUUGAAACAUUGGCCAAAAAGAAGACCAUUGAAUGUAAUGCAAUAUCCAUGGGACAAGGACAGGAAGUUCAUGCUAGACGAUUGCUAUCUCAAGCGUAUUCCAACGGUUCGUGGGUUUUACUGCAGAACUGUCACUUAUCAUUGGACUUUUGUGAAGAAUUCCUAAUUCAACUAACCGAUAAUACUGAUCGUAUUCAUCCAGACUUUCGCCUUUGGAUAACAACUGAAGUUCAUCCGAAGUUUCCGAUUGGUCUUCUUCAAAUUUCGAUUAAAUAUACCGCUGAACCGCCACAAGGUGUGAAAGCCGGCCUCAAACGAACAUUCGCUGGUCUAACACAAGAACAACAAUUAGAAUCGAAUUCACAUGAGAAAUGGCGUCCAUUACUGUACGCUGUCGCAUUUCUACAUACAAUUGUUCAAGAACGAAGAAAAUUUGGUCCAUUAGGAUGGAACAUUCCAUACGAAUUCAAUCAAUCGGACUUCAAUGCGACAGUUCAAUUUAUUCAAAACUAUCUCGACGAAAUGGAUAUGUCCAAAGCCAUGCAAUGGAAAACAAUUCAUUACAUGAUAUCCGAAGUACAAUACGGAGGACGUGUCACGGACGACUUUGAUAAACGACUCUUGAAAACAUAUGUUAAAUGUUGGUUUCGUGACGAUAUGUUCGAUCCGGCGUUCUAUUUUGAAGAUAAAACCUAUCGUAUACCACGCAUGGCUCGCAUAGAAGAUGUUUUUGAUUAUAUAGACUCCAUGCCUAACUACGACAGUGGAAAAGUGUUCGGUUUAAGCCCGCUAGCUAAUGACAGAUAUCAAGAAGAUACUACUCGAAAAGUACUCGAUACAAUUCUGAGCAUCCAACCGAAAGAAGCUCGUGGUGGUGCAGGCGAAACACGGGAAGCUGUCAUCUAUCGCCUGGCAACUGAAACACUGGAAAAACUCCCACCCGAUUACAUUGCUCACGAAGUGAAAGAACGUUUAUCGAAACUUGAACCAAUGAAUAUCUUUCUUCGUCAAGAAAUUGAUCGUUUUCAACGUGUACUCAAUGCCGUACGACAUACAUUGAUCGAUUUGAAACUAGCUAUUGAUGGUACUAUUGUUAUGAAUGAAGAAUUACGUGAUGCACUGGAUCGCAUGUACGAUGCGAAAAUUCCCACUGUUUGGCUCAAAUUAUCAUGGGAAUCAUCAACGUUGGGUGCUUGGUUCACUGAUUUAUACGCACGAAACGAUCAGUAUCGUGCAUGGCUCAAACUUGAGAAAGACACACGACCUAUUGCUUUUUGGAUGACCGGUUUUUUCAAUCCACAAGGAUUCUUAACCGCCAUGCGUCAGGAAGUGACACGAGCUAAUCCAGGUUGGUCACUUGAUAAUGUCAUUCUUACUAAUAAAGUGACUCGCAUGGAUCGCGAUGCAUUGAAAGAUCCGCCACGUGAAGGUCUCUAUGUUUAUGGUUUGUAUAUUGAAGGCGCGAAAAUCAAAAAUGGCGCACUUGACGAACUGAAAGCAAAUGAAAAAGUCUUGACACAUCCAAUGCCUGUAGUACAUAUUUCUGCUGAAGCAGAUGGAAUGGGACCGACGAAACAAGACCGUCGCCCAGCUUACUAUGCGCCAGUUUAUAAGAAACCACGCCGCACAGAUCGAAAUUACGUUUGUACACUUAAAUUAGAAUGUCCACCGGGUGACAAAGCUGGUCCGGAUGUUUGGACGCUGCGAGGUGUUGCACUUCUUUGUGAUACAAAAUAA